CGUGGAGGAUAAUGUGGUAGAAAAUGGAUGGAUGGAUGUUUUUCUUCUGUUCUGAGGCUUUGUUGUGUUCAUGAGUCACAUAUUCACACAAACACGUAGCUUUGAAAACCAAGAUGUGAUCACACUUGGGAAGAAUAUAAAUCUUUUAUUCAGAGCAGACAUUGGAGUAAUUAUUAUAUUAUAUAUAUUAUAUUAAUUAUGAGAUAGAUAGAUAGAUUGGACGUCACUACUCUAACACUAAUUUAUUAUUAUGUUGGGUGAAGACUUUGAAUUUAAUGGUUUGAAAUAUAUCUUCCUUCUCUAUUAAGUUGGAUUUUGAUGUUUUGGCUUCACAACUUUUGACUGAACCUCACCAUGAAAGCCUCUGGUGUCUUGGCAGAGCUGGGGUAGAAAGAGAGAGAGGGAGAGAGGAGGCCUCUUUGUUGAAUAGCAACACCUCUGAACUCAAAAGCAGCAGCAUGAUGGAUGUUUCCACUGUAUCUGAGCAGUGGAGCCAAAGCCCACCCAGAGGAGGGGGCUUCUCGGGAGCAUCUGUGGGUCAUAUAAACCUUCCCCACAGUGGGAGAGUUUAUAGUUGUCAGUUCACUGGAGAACUAAGACACAGCAUUAAAAUCAACACUGCAAUGGCAUCGUUGGGGCUGCAGAUACUCGGUGUAGGGCUGGCGGUGCUCGGUUGGAUAGGAAACAUACUGAUCUGUAUGCUGCCCCUGUGGAAGGUGUCUGCUUUCAUUGGGAACAACAUUGUGGUUGCGCAGACCAUUUGGGAAGGACUGUGGAUGACCUGUGUGGUGCAGAGCACGGGUCAGAUGCAGUGCAAGGUCUACGACUCCAUGCUGGCUCUGCCCCCAGACCUCCAGGCUGCACGAGCCAUGGUCGUCAUCGCCAUCUUGUUCUCUCUGUUUGGCGUGCUGCUCUCGGUGGUCGGAGGUAAAUGCACCACCUGCAUAGGAGACAAAGCGGCGAAAGCCAGAGUGGCCAUCUCCGCAGGUGUCUUCUUCCUCCUGAGUGGGGCUCUGUGCCUGGUGACGGUGUCGCUGCCCGCUAACACCAUCAUCAAGGACUUCUACAACCCGUUGGUCCCUGAUGCGCAGAGGAGAGAGCUGGGUGCGUGUUUGUACGUGGGCUGGGGAGCAUCGGGACUGUUGCUGAUUGGUGGUGCUCUUCUCUGCUGUCAGUGCUCGUCAGGUGGAGACCGCUAUACUGGAGCAAAGUACUCCCCGCCUAAAUCCACAACACCUGGGAAAGAAUUUGUCUGAAUGGACAGCGCCUGACUCUGCAUACAUAACAAAUGUGAAAUUUGUGAUUAACGUCAUUAACUAACACACUGUUGCCUUUAUGUGUCUGGAGAGCGUCAGAUAAUAGUGCCGUGUUAGAUUGGAGUUGUCACCAUUUGUAUUAUUUCAACAGUAAUUCACACUUUCCUGUUUUUUAUCGUCUUUUUUGUACAAUGUAUUCAUUAUGUACAUUUCAUUUUUUUUCCUUCAUUCAUGCAAUAAAUAUUAUUUUUGUCA